CUGAGAGAGAGAGAGAGAGAGAGAGAGAGAGAGAGAGAGAGAUGCGAGGAAUGUGGUGAUAAUGAGAAAACGGAGCGCUUCUUGAACGCAACGCAGGAGCAGCCAGGAAAAAAAAGAAGGAAUAGAAUAGUUUGCGUGGAGAAAUCUAAAGAAAGACCGACGCCCCAGCAAACGCGCAUGGAAAGGAUUGCUAUUAGGCGCUAUUGGCAGAGCCGUGCGGGGAUUUUCUGACGCUCCCCAUGCGGAGAUUUGAGUUGCGUCUUCGUCUCGGCUCGGAUGAACCAUGCAGAGGCUGCUGCAGCUUGUCCUGAAUCUGGUGCUCACUUCUCACACCGUGUGGACGGCCCGGUUCUCUCAGGAGCCAGCAGAUCAGUCGGUGGUUCUGGGCCAAAGAGUUGUUCUGUCCUGCGUGGUCUUCAAUUACUCAGGCAUUGUGCAGUGGACCAAGGAUGGGCUGGCUUUAGGCAUUGGAGAAGACCUUAGAGCUUGGCCGAGGUACCGGGUGCUGCGUCUGGUGGAUGUUGGGCAGUACAAUUUGGAGAUCUCAUCAGCUGAACUCUCAGAUGACUCUCUCUAUGAGUGCCAGGCUACAGAAGCUGCCCUGCGCUCCCGCAGAGCCAAACUCACCGUACUCAUUCCCCCUGAUGAGCCGGUUAUUGAGGGUUCCCCAGAGAUCCUUCUCAUUGCAGGGGUUUCCCACAACUUGAGCUGUGUGUCACGUGGAGCCAAACCCCCUGCAAUUAUAGAAUGGCAAAAAGACGGGCUGCCUGUAGAGGGGGCAGUCAGCACAACGGAGGUGCUACCUGAUAGGAAGCGAGUCACCACGCACAGUUUCCUGCCUGUUGUCCCCGUGGACACUGACACAGGAAAGAACUUCACAUGUGUGGCAACCAACCAGGCUGUACCCUUUGGCAAACGCACCACUAUCACAUUAAAUGUGCACCAUCCUCCUGUGGUGGUGUUAUCCAUUGAACCACGUUCGGUUCUGGAAGGAGAGAGAGUGACAUUCACCUGCCAGGCCACUGCCAACCCUCCUGUUAUGGGCUACAAAUGGGCUAAGGGCGGCGUGAUCAUCCAGGGUGCGAGAGAGCGUGUGUUUGUCACUAAAGCUGACCACUCUUUUUUCACCGAGCCUGUUUCUUGCCUAGUGUUCAACGCUGUGGGGAGCACCAACGUCAGCAUACUGGUGGACGUCCACUUUGGUCCUAUCUUGGUGGUAGAGCCAAAGCCAGUGACAGUGGACAUGGAUUCUGAUGUCACGUUGAACUGUAAGUGGGCAGGCAAUCCCCCUCUCACCCUCACAUGGACAAAGAAGGGGUCCAGCAUGGUGCUGAGUAACAAUAACCAGCUGUAUUUGAAGUCAGUGAGCCAGGCUGAUGCUGGCCAAUAUGUGUGCAAGGCCAUAGUGCCCAGGAUCGGGGUAGGAGAGACAGAGGUCACUCUCACUGUCAAUGGUCCUCCCAUUAUAUCCAGUGAGCCAGUCCAGUACGCAGUCAGAGGAGAGAGAGGCGAAGUGAAGUGUUACAUCGCCAGCACUCCUCCACCGGACAAGAUUGUGUGGGCAUGGAAGGAGAACGUGUGGGACAAAGAGAAAGGGACUCUACCAGAACGCUACACGGUGGAGCAAAGUAAGCCAUCUUCUGAUGGAGGUGCAGUGCUGUCUACUCUCACCAUCAACAAUGUCAUGGAGUCCGACUUCCAGUCCACCUACAACUGCACGGCCUGGAACGCAUUCGGCCCAGGAACCAUGAUCAUCACUCUGGAAGAGACCGAAAUUGUUCCAGUUGGUAUCAUUGCUGGCAGCACUGUACUCUGCUCCAUUCUGCUAGUGCUCUGUCUGCUGGCGUUAUUCCUCUUCUUAUAUCGUCAACGCAAAGGAAGUCGCCGAGGGGUCACGCUCGGUAAGCCAGACAUCAAGGUGGAGACAAUAAACAAAGAAACCCACAGCUUAGAGGAAGACUCAGCCAGCGUCUCCACAGCAAGCCGCAUGGUCAAGGCUAUGUACUCGUUUUUGCCCUCUGUGACCCUUUCUCCCUCCUCUCAGCCUUUUAAAGAUGACAUUGAUAUCAAACCAGACCUACGCAGCGACACCUUGGACACACGUCAGGACUAUGACAUCAAGGACCCAACAAACGGCUAUUACAACGUGCGAGCCUCCACCCAUGAUGAAGGUCGUCCUGCGUCCCGCUCCAUGCACUACUCUGACUAUCGGACCUCUACUGCACCAGGCGCUUCUGCAGCUGUUGGUGGUAGCUCGGGCACGGGAGCUACAGCGGGUCCUGGAACACCAAGCAGCUUGGCUCCUGGCUCACGAGCCGGCUGCUACGACCCUCGACCUCCUUCCAGACUCAGCUAUGCCCAGUUCAACACCUUCAGCAGACCAAGUCAGUCUCAGCAGCCUCCGCCCAGCUCCGGGCCUCAGACAGGCGACUUUCCAGCUGAAUGCAGUCUCCUAGAUUCUCCACAGUUACCAUAUGAGAACUACAGCUACCCAUCGCACUACCCCACAUAUCGUCUCGGCUUUGCUCCUCCCAGCCUCGCUCCAUUAGAAAGCGGAGCAGCGUACGAGAUGUAUAGCGUGGGACCAAGCGUAAGUGUUGGAGGCACUGCCGCCACCCCGGACAGCGGACUCGGGAAGUACGGUAGUUCCACGCGCUUUUCCUACACCUCGCAGCAUUCUGACUAUUCCCACCGACACACACAGAGGAUGCAGACCCAUGUGUGAAGGAGGAGCGAAAUGUCACACUGCGCUGCUCUUCUACACUUCAUCAGACACACUUGACCACAGACACAAACACACACAGGAGGAAGUUGUAAAGAAAGUGAAAAUGAGCGAUGGGAAUCAGAUCAGAAAGCACAGUAGAAAGAGUGGGAGGGAAAUCGAGAGGUGAGGGAAUUCUCUUUUCAGCUUUUUUUCUGCUUAUUUCCUCAGCUCAAGGAGCUGUUGGCAAAAGUCACAAUCAAUGAUAAACGUAGCAUUCAUGAAGGAUCUAAACUCUUCGAAACACUGACUUGUAUAGGUGUGAAUAUCUUGGAGUUAGCACGACCACAAAAGAACUGAAGGAAGCUUCUGUGUUUGUCUGUAGGACUGUUGGUCAUGGAAGACUUUUAUAUGAAAUGUUGUUAAUGGCUUCUUCAACUCGUCUCCACACCUUUACAAAGCAUCAUAUACGAAAGCAAUAUAACAGAGAUUACAUCUACAGUAGACUCACAGUGGUUCAAUUAUGAUUCCUGAAACAGCCUUGCAGACUUUUAUUAGUUCCUCACAUCCAGCCAUGAGCAAAGCACCAAACUAAGCACAGCACUAUAUGACCAUAUAUCCUUGGCUACCAAAGCAUUAGGGGUGUAACGAUACGCAAAUCACAUUCAAUAUGAAGCUUUUCAUUCAAACAGGCUGAAACAUGAAGUAUGCUAUUUGAUCAUUAAAUAACGCUUAUUUUAUUUAGUCCGACACACCUCCUUAUUAAUAAAAAAAAUAGCUUCCUCUUUAUCUCAAAUCAGCAUGCUUUUUUUUCCAAGAUCUAACAUUUUAGUGUUAACAAACAGGGACUGGAAAAUUCCUACAAUUUCAGGUGUACAGAUUUACAGUGAUUUCAAACUCUGAAAGCACCACACACGUCUCUCACGUCUGAUUUAGUUUCGUUAUAGCUUGGAGACGGAGAAGGCAGGAUUCAAAAACAGGUUACACGCUACAGAGAUCAGCAUGACACAGUGUGUAACUAUCCAACAGCAGAAUUUAAACAUUAAACAUAAAAACACUUUCAGAGAAAUACCCUUAAGCAUCAUGGCAGCAAAUAUUUGGCCACAGAGCUCAUGUUAGAAUUCUAAUGUAAUAAUUAGACAUUUACUACUUUAUAUUCAUUCCCUCCUCAGGCACAGCUUUUGUUUUGUUCUAUGCUGCUAAGUGUCUGAAUGGAUCACACGAACACCGUCAUUGUCACAUUUGAGUUUUUGUACUUUUUAUAACAGUCGCGUUUUAAUCAAAGGAAAACACAAACUUAAGACACACAUUCAGCCUUUGCUUCUUUUUGCUGUAUUGAUGACAUUUUGCACCGAGACACCUUCGUAACGAAAACUAUCAGAUUUGAGUUCCGCGUGCCGUUACACCCCUACAAAGUGAGCGAGAUCAGUUGGAACCUAAGUGAUGAAAAGUCUUUACACUUACCUGCUUUACCUGUUAAUUAGUAUCUAGUCGGUAUUCUAGAUUGCUAAGCUACCUCAUGAAGUGGGCUACAAACCUUAUCAUUUAGAACUGUUACAGGAACAAAGACAACAAGCUAUGGUCCAAUUACAUUUUAGUUAAGUUGUUUUUUGGCAGAAUGCUUUCUUUCUCAUCAACGAAGUUUCAACUCAUGUCACUGAAGUAAAGCACUUUGGAACAUAGUAGUUGAUCUGAAGAUAGAUUAAUGAGGAAGGAAAAGAGACCAGUUCAGGAAGCCAUCAGCCAUGGCCGAUGACAUUUUUUUCUUUCUUUUACCCAUUCUCUCUCUCUUUCUCUCUUUCUCUCUGUCUCACUCGUUCCUUUCCUUUUCAUAAUGGGGCAAGCCGACCUUGGAGUAUGUAGUGGGAUGCGCAUGGAGACAAAAUAGUAAACCAUAUAUAUUUUUCAAAGUGUUUUAACAUGGUGAGUCGUUGAUCUUGGAGCACAUACAGUAUAGCUGCGUUUAUGUCUGAAUCCCUCACUCGUUUUCAUGGUGCUUUGUAGUGGGGUCAUUGUUUGCACUGCAUUCCAGUAUUCUAGCAUAGAAUUAUUCCCCUUAUAAUCUACCUGUAAUCUCUCGUUUGCACACUAGGCUAGAGUGUUUUGACUAUUCCCAAAAUACAGAAUUAUUUUUUGCCUCUCAUAUUUCUGUAAAGAAUUGUGGACCAAAGGUUCAUCGUUAAGAGUGUCAUUCUUUAUUUAGGUGAUAUUCACCUCAACAAACAAGGAAAUAUGCAGAUUUGUCCGUGUUUGUUGUUUUUGGACUCUCUUUAAUAAUGGUGACAAAAAAAAAGGGUGUUUUGAAGGAUCUGGGACUACAAAAGAUUAUAAAAUGUAUGACCCAGCCUUACUGGUACACAUACUGAUCUUAGAUCAGGCUGCUAUGCCGUCACCUUAUUAUAAGACAUAACAAACCGAGUGGAGCACGAUAACAUUGUCGGGUCUUGGACGGAUUUCUCGACGGUUUUGGGUUCACAGUUUCUGUCACGGAGAACAGAAUGUUUAUAUAUAAGUUAAUCAAUAUCUAAUACAUUGGGGACUGUUCCCACACACUCAAUAUAACAAAGACACACUGCUACUUGUGCCAAACACAGACAUCUACUUUGGAGGAACCUUUUUAUCGACCUGUAAAAAAAAAAGUCUGGAUUGGACUAUGGACAAGAAACCAUAAACCAUACAGGUUUUGAAGGAUAAAAUCAUCACGAUCAUGUCAAGGGUGAAGAUGAAGACAAUCCGUCUCGUAAUGCUUCUCCAUCAUGGAACAGCGGUACAGGUUCUGUCUGGGGUCGUCGUCAUCUGAGUUUCGAUGCCUUUCGAUGGAAGGAGUCUUGUAAAUACUUUCCCACGUGUUACUCCUCUUUCAAGUAUUAUUUUAUAUCAUUCAGUGUGAUGCACUCUUUAAAUGCAGUAUUAAUACAUUCAACCGUGCAAAGGGAAAAUUGGCAGAAGGACUAAUGUUCAAAAAUGGAUUUUUAAAGAUUUUAUGACCUGUUGUUACAAAAACACACAAACUAAAAAAACUUAAUAAUGAGCUGUGUUGGUUAUACUUGGCUGGAGUCCAGUGUGGUGCUAAAGAGCAUUCAGCAGACUGAGAUGCUCAUCACCAACUGAUCGCACCUUUAUACCUGCCUGUGUUGCCCAUUAGUAUGUCUUUACGGUAUAUUUGGUUACUUUGAGCGGUUGACAGAAAAAGAAGUGUCUGGGAGGUGUGGCCUAAACUAUAUUUGAGGACAUGACCUUCCUACAACUUCCUUCUCUGAAGUACUGAAGCCGUAUGAGGACAAAAAGAGGAAUAUAUGAAUAUGUGUUGAUUUAAAAAAAAAAAAAAGAGUGGCCUUAGGAAAACAUGAUUUUUAUAAUCCAACACUUUAUAUGCCAAUUUAAGGCUGGAGGAGAAUGAAAUGAGUGUGUGUGUGCGUGUGUGUGUGCGUGUAUCUCUUUGUGUACAAAUAUCUUUAUGUAAUCCUUUACUUCCCUAAAGUUCCUGCUCCAAUACUUUUAUUCUGCUGGUAGGACUGUAUCCUGUAUACUUGUGUCUUAGAAAGCAAAUGUUGCCCUUACUGUACUGUUCUUCAUAGUUGAAGCAUUCUACAGAUAUACAACAGAAGUUAAUGAAUUUUCAUUUUUUUAUUUCAUUAUCUUUUUUUCCAAUAUUUUUUUAAAAAUGUUAUGUAAUUAUUUUUUCACAGUAUAUCAAAUAAAAGCACUGUUUUUAUAAGAA